GCCUCGGCCGAGAAACUGAUUACGAAGCACUCUAAAUUAUCUUUACCGAUAAACGUAAUUCCUCAAAAUAGACAGUGAUCGUAAUUUUGAUUUGCCUUUAAUUCGUCAUAUUAUAUCAAGAAAACGGGAGUCUUUGCUCUACCGUACUAAGUGUGAAUGAUCUAUUAAAGAUGGUGUUGGUUCAUGAUCCUAGUAUUGAUCCAGGACAGCGUGUUCGUAGUUUAGCUGAGCAUGGAUCUAAUAUCACAGUAGAUACUAGCAUGCCAAUUAGAAGAUACUUCAGGUCAGGACAGGAAAUGAUUAGAAUGGCAAACGUGUACUAUGAAGAGGGUAACUGGGAGAGUGCUUUCAUUUUGUAUUCUAAGUAUAUGACAAUAUUUGUAGAGAAGCUUCCAAAACAUCCUCAAUACAAAUCGGCCAGACCGCAAGAUAUCAAAUCUGCAAAGAAGAAUCUAAAGGCAGCUUUCCCCAAUGCAGAGGAGACCAAGAAGAAAUUGAGAGAGAAAUAUGCAGAGGAAUACAAGAUAUGGCAAGUUCACGAGGAGGAGAGGAGAGUUGAAGAGGCAAGACGGGAGAUGGAGGAAGCCCUUAGACUGGAGGAAGAACGAGCGAAGAGAGAGCAAGAGGAUGCUGCAAGGUUGGAAGAACAGAGGAGACAGCUGGAGGAACUGGAGAGAAACACCAUCAAUCAACAACAGAGGGACUUAGAUGAUCAGAAGGCUGCCCUCCUGCAGGCCAAGGCAAGACAGGAAGCUAUGGAGAGAGAGAUCGAAGAGAGAAAGAAAGCAGAUGCAUUAAGAGAACAAGAAAGACAAGCAGAGGCAAACAGGAGAUUAGCAGGGAGUGUAGCCACACCUCUGGUAGCAGGCGGUGCAGCAGGCAUGGCUGUAGGGGUAGGGGCAGGGGGUGCGCUACCCCCUCCUCCUAGUUAUGAUGCCGUUUCACAGGGGUACGGAAUCCGAUCUCAAGCUUUGCCUUCUUCACCAACCCAGCCUACUGCCCCAAGACCGAUGCCAACUGUUGACCGGUCACUUAAGGUUGACAGGACAACCAAGCCAGGCCAGAUGUUAGGAAUUGCCUCUAGUACCACCAAUCUACAUGGUUUUAGAGAUCUUUUUAUUCCCUCUGAUACCAUGGAGAGAUUCUUAGCUCUGGCUCUUCAUAAUACACAGAGGAACCUGGAAACAUGUGGCAUUCUAGCAGGCAAACUUGCACGAGAUGCCUUCACAAUCACUCACAUCAUUGUUCCGAAGCAGACGUCGACCUCUGAUUCAUGCACAGCCCUUAACGAGGAAGAUAUCUUUGAUGUUGUUGACAACAAUGAUCUGAUAACACUAGGCUGGAUUCAUACACACCCAUCCCAGACUGCGUUUAUGUCUAGUAUAGAUCUUCAUACACACUGUCCAUAUCAGAUCAUGAUGCCAGAAGCCAUCGCCAUCGUCUGUGCACCAAAACACCAACAAACGGGUUUCUUUUCCCUGACCCCAGACUAUGGUAUCAGUUUCAUUGCCAAUUGUAAGCAGAAAGGGUUUCAUCCGCACCCCUCACAACCCCCUAUCUAUGAAGAAGGAGCCCACUGCAAGAUCCGGAACGACGUCCCAUCGAUAAAAAUAGUAGAUCUACGGUGAAGACAGGAGGGUAUAUUCAUGACAUGUUUCAUCAACAUUUUUGCCCUCUGACUUAUUUAGUCAGCACUGACAAUUUCAGUAAAAUCUGUUGUUUUGAAUUGUCGGGAAGCACCGAUUGUUGCUAUGGUUACUGUCGGGGAAUGAUGACUUGUCAGUGUUGACAAAUUUCAUUAAAUAGUGCAGAACUCCCUAUUGCUUCCUUAUUGGGAAAUCAAGAGCUACCAUGAAAUAAGAAGCUGUUGAAGAUAUGUAAUCUCCACAUUUUGAUCACAUCACUAGUAAUAAUGUUUUGUUUUUUAUAAAGUCUUAUACAGGUAACGAGAGUAAU